AUGGCGGACACAUCACCCAGCAGAGCCGAGUUCUUCCGCCACGGGAUCGAGGUCCUGUCACCCGCGUCGCUAGCCCCUGAGGACCGCACGUGCGGUAUCUGCCUGGAGCAGUAUGGGGGCGGCGGCGAUCACGACACCAACCACGACGGCGACCACGCCGACAAUAGCGACAGCAACGGUGAGGGUAGUAGCAGCAACAGCAACCAAGACGGCGAGGGCGAAGCUCCCGUCCGACUCAAAGCAUGCGGGCACGUCUUCGGGCAAGAGUGCAUCAAGGGCUGGGGCGAGGUGGGCGGCAGGGCCAGCUCCGGCGCCGUCAGGGCGACGUGUCCGCUGUGUCGCACCGUGCUGUUCGAGGACGUGGCGCCGCCGCAGGACGUCAUCCGCGCUAGGAUCACGCAUGGGGAUGCUGUUGUCGAGAUUGUGGUCUAUCUUUGA